AUGCCCCGGACGCGCUACGCCUUUUCGGGACACGAGAGUGUCGUGGAUUGGAACGAGUUGGCUUUUCGCGCGCACAUGGACAACCUUAUUCAGCGAUACGGACACGUCACGUGCGUGAACCUCAUUGACAAGAUCGGUAAGAGUGCAACGGUGCGCGACCAGGCACAACUUGGCUCGGCUUUCGGUAAAUAUGUCAAGAAGUACAACCAGCUAUCGAAAUUAGGCGACGGAACUAGCUCUGUGGGGUCUUCGGUGGCAUCGCCGAUGCCGUUGUCUGCUUCUCCUGCGUCUCAGGCUCUGUCGGCCUCGCUAUCGACUAUGCCCGGAUCUAGUGGAAGCAACGGAUUUUCGCCAUUGAAUGGAGAGUAUUCUGCUGUAGGAUCUCCUACUAGUGCAGCCACAGCUAGUAGUGACAAAGGUUCUAGACCGUCUAGCGUUUUGACGCUGCAGACAUCGGCGUCGUUUUCCGCAAAAGAGUACUCACCUCCGCAAACGAAUAUUCCGUUGGCGCCGACGUCGAUUUCACAACUUUUUGCAGAGCCUAUUGCGUACGUAUGGUUCGACUUCCACCACGAGUGCCGCAAGAUGGCAUGGCAUAAUUUGUCCAAGCUCAUGACAGAGGUGGAGGAACAGUUCACGCAAUAUCGAUGGUUUGAGUGUGAUGGUGAAGGGCGAAUUCUUUCACGGCAGCGCGGCGUCUUUCGUGUAAACUGCAUGGACAAUUUAGAUCGCACAAAUGUGGUGAUGAGUCUUUUUGCGCGACGUAUGGUACUUAUGGCGUUGCAACUCUAUCCGUUCAUUACUGAAAAUAACAACGGCAAUUGUGUGCUGGAUUCACCUUACAAAAGCUUUGAAGUCGUUUUUAAGAACGCAUGGGCCGAUAAUGCAGACUAUGUGAGCAGAAUGUAUGCUGGAUACCUUAUCUUGAAGCAGGGUAUGUUUCGUUCUAUUGGACGGCGUUACGUUUGUAAGCCUGCCUUUAGCACUAGCGGCUACAUCCGCCGGAAAAGUCUAUAA